AUAAGACCCAACACCGCGACGAUGUAAGUUGAGUGUUGCACCAAUACGAAAAAGUGAUAUUCAUGAUAGCGUAAACUACUUGUGCAGUUUCUGCCUCACUAUUUUAUUUUAUUUUUUUUGUUAGAAGAAAAAAAAGAAAUCUAAGGUAAACACCAGCGAAGUGGACUUUGCUAUGCACAACCACCAUGGCUCCCCUAAGACCUGUUUCUGAGCUCGCAUCCAUCAUCGACCGUCACACCAAAACCUUGGAGAACUCUCUAAAAGGGACUCCAAAUGCUGCCUUCUCGCUUGGCCUCGGAGCGGCUCCGCAAAUCCAUUUCCCCGGUCCGCUUGAGGCUACGCGCGGGGAGCUUCUCGAGGCCCUCGAUGAACUCCGUGCUCGCAUCCUAGGCCCGGUGGGCUAUUUUAUGGCCUUACUAAUCCCGACGCCCGCCCUGCUGGCCAUCUUCCACACGCUGUAUGCCUUUGACGUCGCCUCGCACGUGCCCCUGACGGCGAACGGGGAGAUCACGUACGAGGAGCUCGCGAAGCGCUGCGGCCUUCCGGAAGACGACGCGCGCCGCAUCGUGCAGGCCGCGAUCGCGUUCCGCGUCUUCGAGGAGGCCGUCCCGGACGUGUCCGUCCGGCACAACGCGCUGUCGGCGGCGCUGGCCCGCCCCGAGAUGAAGGACGGGCUGGGGCUCAUCGUCGAGGAGCAGACCGCCGGCGUCGCGAAGCUGGCCGAGAGCCUCCGGCGCUUCCCGGGCAGCGGCGAGCCGGGCCACUCGGCCUCGGUGCUGGCCUUCCGAGAGGCCCAGGCGGUCCGCGAGCACGCGUCUCUGCAGAGCGAGCUCCCCGACCCGAGCAAGAGCUUCUUCGACUUAAUCGCCGGCGACGAGAGGCGCGUCGCCCGCUUCCGCUCCGCGAUGGGGCUGUCGACGAAAUCCGCCGCCCUCUCCGCGACCCACGUCGUUGACAACCUCCCCUGGGCCGACCCGAGCCAGUGCCCGAAGACGAUCGUCGAUAUCGGUGGCGCGGGCGGCGAGCUAUGCCAGCUACUGCUCCGGAGCUUCCCCGCGAUCAGCAAGGCGGUCGUGUUGGACCUCCCGGAGGUCGUGGCCGACGCCAAGGCCCCCGAGGAUCUCCAGGGCCGGCUGGACUACGCAAGCUACAACUUCCUGACCGAGGAGGUGACGCAGGUCGCCGAUGCGUACCUCUUCCGCCACAUCUUCCACGACUGGAGCGACCAGUACUCCGCCAAGAUCCUCAGGAACCUGGUACCGGCUCUCCGAAAGGGGAGUAAGAUCUUCGUGUCCGAAGUGGUGCUGCCGGAUCUGAGUGACCGGAAGCAUACGAAAGACCAGAGACAGCGGAGCGCGGAUAUCUUCAUGAAAAUCGGCUUUAACGGCAAGGAGCGCAGCGAGCGCGGCUGGGAGACCCUGGUAGCAGCAGCAGACCCGCGCUUCCGCAUCGCCAAUAUCAUCAACCCCGAGGGGGCGCACGACUCUCUCAUCGAAAUUGCCUUCGACGUGUAGGGUCUGGGAAACGCUAGGCAAUAUUGCAAGGCGCGGGUGGGUAUGAAUGGGGAAGCGAGCGGCUAACCGGGUGCAAUGGAAGGUUAUGCAGGGAAGAAUCUCCCCUUAUCGCGUAUAGGAGGCUGUAGGUCCAUAUUUCAACAUCGUGGAGGAGUGUACGAUUACUUUGGCUCGCCUCAUAAUACCUCUAGGUAAAUUCAACGUAGACGAUCCAGUAUUGGGCGUCGUACCUAAAAUGCAACUGAUACACCCACAUAUAUAGUAGAGG